AUGACGAAAGGAACUUCCUCGUUCGGAAAGCGCCACAACAAGUCGCACACUAUGUGCCGUCGCUGUGGUCGCCGCUCUUUCCACAUCCAGAAGCACACUUGCUCCAGCUGUGCCUACCCCGCCGCUAAGACCAGGAAGUACAACUGGUCCGAGAAGGCCAAGAGGAGAAAGACCACCGGCACCGGCCGUAUGAGGUACCUCAAGACCGUCAACAGGAAGUUCAGCAACGGCUUCCAGCAGGGCGCUCCCAAGGGUGCCCGUGGCCCCAUCGCAAACACCGUCACCGUCGAAUAA